CUAUUCAAUUAGUUUUAACGCAACCAUAGAAUAACCACUUGAAUUUGGACCCCAAAACCCGACCUAAAUCCCGACUUGCUCUGCCAAAACCUCCAGUUCAAUGGCUUCCCUCUCUAAUGGCCGAGACUUCCAGCUCUCUCCACUCGCCGGCGUACGUCUUCCUCCUCCGAGCCGGCCACCGUCUUCGGCCGCUCCACCAGGCCCACGCCCACAUCAUCGUCUCCGGCCUCCACCGCUCCCGUUCCCUCCUCACCAAGCUCCUCUCCUUCGCUUGCUCCGCCUCCGCCCCCACGUCGUACACCCUCCUCCUCCUCCACUCCAUCCCCGAACCCGACUCCUUCCUAUUCUCCUCCAUCAUCCGAGCCUCCUCUCGCUCCUCUUCUCCCUCUUCCUCCCUCCUCUUCUACUUCCUCAUGCUGUCGCUUCGCGUCCCUCCCUCAAACUACACCUUCACCUCUGUUCUCAAGUCUUGCGCUGACCUCUCAGCUUCAAGAAUUGGAACUUCCAUCCAUUCCCAUCUUCUGUUCCAUGGUUUCGAUCAGGAUUCUUAUGUUCAGACCGCGUUGUUGGUGUUCUACGCGAAAUGCGGUGAUUUGGUUGUUGCUCGGAAGGUGUUUGAUAGAAUGCCUGAGAGAAAAGUCGUUGCUUGGAACGCUAUGAUUUCUGGUUACGAGCAGAAUGGUAUUGGUGAGGAAGCCAUUGAGGUGUUUCACAAGAUGAGAGAUGCAGGAAUUUUGCCUGAUUCUGCAACCAUGGUGAGCUUGUUAUCUGCCUGCGCUCAAGUUGGUGCAUUGAGCUUGGGGCAGUGGGUCGAGAAUUACGUGAUGGAGAAUGGAUUGGAGUUGAAUGUGGUUCUUGGUACUUCUUUGAUCAACAUGUAUGCAAGGUGCGGACAUGUGAGGAAGGCGAGGGAGGUGUUUGAUAUGCUUCCCGAGCACAAUGUCAUUGCUUGGACAGCGAUGAUCGCCGCUUAUGGAAUGCAUGGUCGUGGAAGUGAAGCAAUGCAGCUCUUUGAUAGGAUGAGAAGCGAAGGCCCAUUGCCGAACGACGUCACAUUUGUGGCGGUAUUGUCUGCAUGUGCACAUUCGGGGUUGGUUUGCGAAGGCCGUGAGGCUUUUGAAUGCAUGAGCAGAGACUACCAGUUGGUUCCUAGAGUUGAGCAUCAUGUUUGCAUGGUUGAUAUGUUUGGAAGGGCUGGACUCUUAGAUGAAGCAAUGCGGUUCAUAAGAGAACGCAUACAAGUAGAGCCAGGAGCUGCGGUUUGGACAGCAAUGCUCGGGGCUUGUAAGAUGCAUAAGGAUUUCGAUCUCGGUGUUGAGGUGGCCGAGCGACUUCUUGCUAUAGAGCCGGAGAACCCCAGUCACUAUGUGCUUCUCUCAAACAUAUAUGCAUUGUCUGGCAGGAUGGAUAGAGUUGAGAAAGUUAGGAAUGUGAUGAUUCGCCAACGAUUGCAGAAGCAAACUGGCUAUAGCUUGAUAGAAAUUGAUAAUGUGCCUCAUGUCUUUCGUAUGGGCGAUACUUCGCAUCCGCAAACGAUGCAGAUAUAUAAUUAUUUAGAAGAAUUGAUGCAUAGGAUAAGGAAUGCAGGCUACAUGCCUGAAACUGAUUCUGUGUUGCAUGAACUCGAAGAAGAGGAGAGGGAGUACGCACUUAGAUUUCAUAGCGAGAAACUGGCGAUCGCAUUCGGUCUCAUGAACACUGGUGAUGAUGUUGUGAUUAGGAUUGUGAAAAACCUUAGAAUUUGCGGAGAUUGCCAUUUGGCUAUCAAGUUCAUGUCUGUCAUUGCGCGCAGAGAAAUCAUAGUCAGGGAUAAACAUAGAUUUCACCAUUUCAAAGAUGGUGAAUGUUCAUGCAAAGAUUAUUGGUGAAGUAUCAUAAUUCUUUUCAGGAAUGCAGGCAAUCCAUUUGAUGCAUGUUCUUGCUCUAAUUUUGAGAACAUGACAUUUUUUAGCUCAAUAAACCAUGAUCCGGGCGAAGCAACAACACCCAACCCUGGAACUGACUAAGUUGGCUACUUGGCUACGGCUUUUUAUAUUUUUGCUGUUUUCUGGUUUUAUUUUUUAUUUUUUAUUAAAAAA